UUUAUUUCCUUUUCUUUCCUAUUUCCUAUUCCCUUUUCUUUCUCAUCCCCUUUUCUUUCAUAUUUAAACACCAAAACAUAAGACAACAGACAUUUCUGAGAGCCUUUUUGCAUCAGACGGUGUAGUUGCCCUAGUGAUAACAUUGUACGGGCAGAAGUCAUGCCCUAAAGACGGGAUAGUCACAAACAAAAUCUUUCUCACUCACACUCUCUCUCUCUUUCUCUCCUUCAGGACCAUGGACAGCUCUAAGCAAGCAACACGAUUGGUUGAGAGACACAAGGGUCGCAGAAAAAGAAAGAGAGAGAAGAGAGAGAGAUGAUCACCAGGGGAUGAAGUGAGUAAGCAGUGAGGGUUGGAGAGAGCUGGAGGGAAGGAGAUCAGAACGCAAAGAAGAAGGUAGAGAGAGAGAGAGAGAGAGGGAGAAAGAGGGAGAAGAAAAGACAGAUGCUAUAGCUAUAGUCAGCUUACUGACGCCCGAGCUGGGUUCAUCGCUACGUGUGAGAGUGACGCGCACGGGGGUGUGUGUGUGUGUGACGGCAGCCGCAACAGCAGCAGGGGAGGACGGAUCAAAGAGAUUGUAGGACACGAUGCAUUUAGCAGCCUAACAUCUACGCACACUCACCGCAGCCGGCUAAACGAGAACACGCUCAUACUACGCGCAUCCGCACGCAGCCCACCCCACACACACACACACACCACGCGUGUGUGGGGACAGCGCAGAUGAGGCAACCACCAAAGGGAGCUGUGGAUCUUGCCAGAAGCCUUUGGUAGGGGAGGGGACACCCGUGGUGGCUGUAGCCCCAGCAGGAGAGGUCGUAGGUGGAGAAGGGGUUGAACACUAACAACCGCCGUCGGGUUUUCUUCAGAGCUCUGGAAAAGUCAAAGAUGGACACGUCCUUCAUCCUUCUCUUUCUCCAGCCAGUGUGUGCUUGCUCCGAGCUGCGUCGCCGGGCUUGUCUGUCAGCCGUGGGGGGAUUCGAGAACGUGCGGUGUUGAGAAACGCACACACCGAACACACCUGGAGAUCAGCUGUUCCAGGAGAACAGAUCCGCUGAUACCGCAGUCUCUGCUGUGCUGAAGGAUGGAUUCAGGGGAAGACGAGUGCACACGCUUCCUGCACUAUGUAGAGGACAGCGGUCUGAGGGCGUAUGAUGAGCUGGUCAUCCAGAACGCCUCCGACAUCGCCCGAGAGAGCGACCGCGUCCGCAAUCACACACACUGGACUUACCUACAGGAGAAAAACCAGAAGAAGAGACGGCAAGAGGAAGCCAUUAAGAGGAUUGGUGAGGACGUGGCCCGUGUGACAGAGGGAGGAGGAUAUGCAGGUAAACACUUCCGCAUGGGUUUCAUGACUAUGCCGGCGCCUCAGGACCGCGUUCCUCCUCCCUGCGGCCCGGGCUUCACUGUCCGCUCACAGUCUUUGCACUCAGUGGGAGGAGGAGAAGAGGAGGGCAGUCCCACCUCACGAAAACAACCUCCACCCAAACCCAGACGAGACCCCAACACCAAACUCAGCACCUCCUCAGAGACCGUCAAUGCCGGCCUCAGCACCGGCAAAAGUGCCAAGGACAGUGAGAAAUUUGACGCAUCCAAAUCCCGCCCCUGCAGUGAGGAGUACCGACGCAUGCCUCCACCCAAACCCAAGCGCAACCCCAACACCCAGCUCAGCACAUCUUUUGAUGAGUCUUACAUUCAACACCACAGCAGCAAAGGUAAAUCUGCCUCUCUGCCGCGAGUGAGCAAAAAGAAGUCGGCAUCUCAGAAUCAAAGCCCCGCCCCUGACACUGACGAUGAGGUGGAGCCUGUUUAUAUAGAGAUGGUGGGGAACAUCCUACGAGACUUCAGUCGGAUUGCUGGAGCAAAUGGAGACGAAGAGGACGACCAAGGGGAAAGUGUGUAUGAGGAGAUGAAAUACCCUGCCUAUGAUGACCUACCUUCAUCUUUAGACCAUGGACAGUCACGAUGGGAGCAGUGUCCCACACCUGGGGUGCCAGAAGUAGAACUUACUCGACCUACCACGCCACGUGGUUCACUCUGUGAUAUUCCAGCCCCGUUCCCAAAUCUGCUUUCCCAUCGUCCACCUCUACUUGUAUUCCCACCUGCGCCAGCCCAAUGUUCCCCUAAUUCUGACGAAUCUCCUCUUACUCCAUUGGAUGUCACCAAACUGCCCAUGUUUGAUAACGUGGGAAUUGUGAAACCCGGUGCAUCCCCAACUGGCACUGAACCACAGCCAGAAGCCCAGCAGCAGGUGUCUGGUAAACACCACCACCACCACCACCAUCAUCACCAUAAGAAGUCAGCCGAGACUAAGGAACAACAAACGAUUACAGCAUCGGGACGGUCGUCUGCUCCACCUCUAACAUCUGCGCUGUAUAAAAGCGGUGGGUCUUCCGCAGCGCACGGUUAUCCGCGGAGCCACUCUGCUUGUCCGUCACCUGUCAGUAUGGGUCGUGCUUUAACGCCACUCACCCUGAAGCGUCCCCCGCCGUACGACGCUCUCAUGACCGGGACGAUUCCUCGCAGCGCAUCUGGAGUUCCUCACGGAUCCCGUGAAAGCGGGCGGCUGUCAAAUUCUUCAAGUGUGCACGGGGGCUCCAUGCAAAAUGUCUCCACUGCUUCGGGUUCAAGCUCAGGGUCAGGAGGUCGAGGAUGUCGUACGCCAACCAGUCCUUUGGAUGAGCUCAGCAACUUGUUCUCUUCGGGACGUAGCAUGUUGAAGAAAGGCUCUGGAAGCCGCAAGAGCAAAGAAUCAGCAGAUGGAGAAAGUAAAGGUAGAAGUGACAGUAGGGACAGAGCCCUUCGCAGCUCUUCUCCGAAAUCCCAGGAUUGGGAAACGCCCACAGGACAAUCAUCCACGCCCACAGCCACGCCCAGUCGCUUUGGCCGCUCCUCCAUUAGCCCGACCACCAUGCUCGGAGAACCAAAAGCCGGUUGUAAACUCGGUCGCUCUGCGUCCACAUCAGGAGUCCCGUCUCCAGUGGGAACACCCCAAAGACACGCACCAGACGCCUCGGCCCCUCCGUGCGGGACGCCGUUCCAGAUGCCCCCAAUGCCCUGGGCAUGUGGGGACAGCACCAUGAUGGAGAUGAUCGAGAAGAAACGCCACCUGUGCAAGGAGAUCAAAUCCAGACAGAGGUGUCCAGACAAAGCCCUGUGCAAGCAGGAGAGCAUGCCCAUCCUGCCCAGCUGGAAAAAGACCAACGGGAGCAAGAAAUACGGGCCUCCUCCGUACUCCACCCAAACCACUGUCUUCUGGGACACUGCUAUAUAAAGAGUGACCAGCAAACUACAGCCAUGGAGAUACUACACGAACUGAAACGGGGUGGAGGGGGAGUCCAAAUACUGAUCGACAGCUAGCAGGACUGCACAGUAAAGGGUUGCUGUUUAUAUUUGAUAUUUUUAUAUGGGAGAUAACUGUCUUAAUAUUAAAUAUGAUUAGCGUUUUUUUAAAGAAGAACUCUCUGAAUGAGAUCUAAGAAAGAAAAUAGAACACUUUUACCCAUGAGAUGAUAUUUGUCCUCUUUGAAAUGGUAUUUCUAUUUAUUUUCUAUCCUUUUUUGGGGGGGAGGGGGGUGUUUCUAUAUUUGGCACUCAUCCGUGUGUCUGGGGAAAUAAUCUAUAAUAAUGUGUGGUGAAAUACGUGCAGUAAUUCCAUUGAGAAAACACCGUUGUUUUUGAUGCCUAUGCAUUUUGGUUAAACGGCAUGGAUGUCGCUUUUUUUGUUCAUUGUCUAUUUUUUUUUCAUAUGGAGAGUUUAUUUGGAAAUAAUAUAUUUUUUGGUGUCCGUAUUUUAAAUGUAAGUUGUCAGGCUGUCGUUCCUAUGAAUUCUGGGUUGGACUUGAAGGCGAUCGGCCUGGAUUGUGAGAUAUUAGGUGGGUUUGAUUAUUGGAUCGGGUUAUGAGACUGCUGGCUUAUUGGAGUAGGGAUCAAGAGAUGUGUCCUAAAUUGCAUACUUAUGCACUAUUCUAGGCCAUUUUGUAGUAUAAAUAGUGUAAGUAGUGUGUUCACACUGAA